AAGGCUGAUCACAAUGUACAAUCGAGCAAUAGUCCAUCACAGGAUACGACUGUUUUAACAUCCAAAAAGCUCCCCAGUAUAAAGUGCAACAUUGUUUAAAAAUUUGCUUUGAGUAUUUAUUGGUUUAGUGUACAAAUUUUGUGUACCAAAUAGUUUUAAAAAUCGCGAUGAAAAUUCUGUGUGUUGUUGUUUGCAUUAUUUUAAUGUUGGUUGAUUCAUUAGCACAAAACAAUCAAUAUUUGCCCCCGGAUAAAGGUUAUGCUUAUGACAAACCAAACCAGCAGUUUCCCUCUUCGCCUCAACCACAGCCUUCUCCUGGACGUCCAGCACCCUCUUAUGGUCCACCUUCUCAGGAUAACCAUCAUCAUGAACCUGGAAUGCCUUUCGAUUUCCACUACAAAGUGAAUGACAUUGAAACUCAAAAUGAUUAUUCUCAUAAAGCAGUGAGUGAUGGAGAUGUGACUCGUGGCGAGUAUCGAGUUCAACUUCCGGAUGGACGUACACAAGUUGUGCGCUAUACUGCUGACUGGAAGAAUGGUUACAAUGCAGAAGUAUCAUACGAAGGCGAAGCAAAAUAUCCAGAAGGACUUGGCCAAGGUGGUGCUAAUGCAGGAGGAUAUAAGUACUAAAAAUUGAAACUCUGUUCGUUCGUCGCUCAUCUGAUAGAUGGACCUAAUUGUCCACACUCGCAUUCGAUAAGACUACGAUUUCUUUGACAAACAUGUACCAUCAAAAUAAGCUCCAGCAAUAACUGCAAUGAAGUCAUAAUUAAAAUAAGAUAAUUAAUAUAUGGGUCAAAUAAAGUUUGCAUUAAGCACUGCAACUAGUUACCAUCGAUAAA